AUGGAUAUCUUUCAAACUCCUACUUCCGGUGAGAACCUUGGUCGGUUCUCCGGCCAACUUCGCGAUUCCCUUGCUUCCAAAGCCAAACCUUUCGACAUCUGGAGUGUUCCUGAUUCGCCUGCAAGCCCCCAAGACGAAGAAGACUGCCCUUAUGACAUGGAAACGCAGUCCUAUGCGGGAGAAAGCCAUGUGCCAAUGGAUGAAGACAUAGAAGAUAGAGCUGAUGCUGAUUGGCCUAUGGAGACUCAAAGUGCGGCAGGACACGUUCCAGAAGUGGUGCAUUAUGGAGAGACUGGAAGCCCCGUGUCAAUGGGCAAGUUGCUGAAGUGUCUCGGAGACCUGAAUGUCCGAGUCCAGUCCAUCGAAGAACAGCUCGAAAAACAAAACUUCUGGAACGACAACAUGGGACGAGGCGUGGAAAGCAUGCAGGGCGGGUACCAAGAGAUCUCGGCGCUCAGAGAGGAAGUGGUCACGCUGAAAGAACAACUCAACGCUCUUUGUAGGGGUAGCCCAGGCAGUGGGCGAAAGCCAGGACGCCCCAGGCGUGUCGCGCAAUGA